AUGACGUGGCUUAUGCUAACGUGGCUUACCAGUGUGCUGCCAUCUGGCAGCCCCCCCUCGUCCACCGCUCCCCUCUCCUUCCGUUGGCCCCCCUCCGGACGCACUUCUACCCCCCUUGAACUCUCUGCUUUUCCUCCUCCCCCUUCCCUUGCUCCUUCUCGUCCUCCUCCCCCCACUUUUCCUUCGCUUUCAUCUCCUUCCUCUUCCCAUUCUUCGCUUCUACCUCCUCCCUCGUCCCUUUCUCCCGCUUCGCUUUCAUCCUUUCCUCGUCGACACUCUUCUCUUUCCUCUCUCUCUCCUCCACCAUCAUCCGUCAAUCCCCACGCAUCUCCCUCUUCCCGCAUUUCCUCCCCUUCCCCUCCUGUACUGCGAACAUGA